AUGGUCCAGAGAGAAUCAGAAAGGGUGGUCCAGGGAAGAUCAGGGAGAAUCAGAAAGGGUGGUCCAGGGAGGAUCAGGGACCAUCAGGGAGGGUGGUCCAGGGAGAAUCAGGGAUGGUGGUCCAGGGAGAACCAGGGAGGGUGGUCCAGGGAGGAUCAGGGAGGUGGUCCAGGGAGAAUCAGGGAGGGUGGUCCAGUGAGGAUCAGAAAGGGUGGUCCAGGGAGAAUCAGUGAGGGUGGUCCAGGGAGAAUCAGGGAGGGUGGUCCAGGGAGAAUAAGGGAGGGUGGUCCAGGGAGAAUCAGGGAGGGUGGUCCAGAGAGAAUCAGGGAGGGUUGUCCAGAGAGAAUCAGGGAGGGUGGUCCAGUGAGGAUCAGAAAGGAUGGUCCAGAGAGAAUCAGAAAGGGUGGUCCAGGGAAGAUCAGGGAGAAUCAGAAAGGGUGGUCCAGGGAGGAUCAGGGAGCAUCAGGGAGGGUGGUCCAGGGAGAAUCAGGGAUGGUGGUCCAGGGAGAACCAGGGAGGGUGGUUCAGGGAGAAUCAGGGAGAAUCAGGGAGGGUGGUCCAGUGAGGAUCAGAAAGGGUGGUCCAGGGAGAAUCAGAAAGGGUGGUCCAGGGAGAAUCAGAAAGGGUGGUCCAGAGAGAAUCAGGGAGGGUGGUCCAGAGAGAAUCAGGGAGGGUGGUCCAGAGAGGAUCAGGGAGGGUGGUCCAGGGAGGAUCAGAGAAGGUGGUCAAGGGAAAAUCAGGGAGGGUGGUCCAGGGAGAAUCAGAGAGGGUGGUCCAGGGAAAAUCAGAGAGGAUGGUCCAGUGAGAAUCAGUGAGGGUGGUCCAGGGAGGAUCAGGGAGGGGAGAAUCAGGGAGGGUGGUCCAGGGAGAAUCAGGGAGGGUGGUCCAGAGAGAAUCAGGGAGGGUUGUUCAGAGAGAAUCAGGGAGGGUGGUCCAGUGAGGAUCAGAAAGGAUGGUCCAGAGAGAAUCAGAAAGGGUGGUCCAGGGAAGAUCAGGGAGAAUCAGAAAGGGUGGUCCAGGGAGCAUCAGGGAGGGUGGUCCAGGGAGAAUCAGGGAUGGUGGUCCAGGGAGAACCAGGGAGGGUGGUUCAGGGAGGAUCAGGGAGGUGGUCCAGGGAGAAUCAGGGAGGGUGGUCCAGUGAGGAUCAGAAAGGGUGGUCCAGGGAGAAUCAGGGAGGGUGGUCCAGGGAGAAUCAGGGAGGGUGGUCCAGGGAGAAUCAGGGAGGGUGGUCCAGGGAGAAUCAGGGAGGGUGGUCCAGAGAGAAUCGGGGAGGGUUGUCCAGAGAGAAUCAGGGAGGGUGGUCCAGUGAGGAUCAGAAAGGAUGGUCCAGGGAGAAUCAGAAAGGGUGGUCCAGGGAAGAUCAGGGAGAAUCAGAAAGGGUGGUCCAGGGAGGAUCAGGGAGCAUCAGGGAUGGUGGUCCAGGGAGAAUCAGGCAUGGUGGUCCAGGGAGAACCAGGGAGGGUGGUUCAGGGAGAAUCAGGGAGGGUGGUCCAGUAA